AUGGCAUACUCAACACAUUAUCGCACGAGUUAUUACGAUUCAUACUACUACUGUCACAUAUGUAGCGCAAAAAGGGCAAGCAGCGAAAUAGAACAUACAGAUUCAGGAGACCUGAAGUGUAUGUCAUGCCACCAAACAGGAUUCGUGGAAAAGGUGAGCGGAGGAACAUUGAACCCGCCAGGCGCACCUCGCACACACCGAAGAAGACAAACACGAGAAUCAGGGCAGAGGAGAGUGCCGGCAGGAGAGAAUAUAAACGACCCCUUCGCAUCGGUGUUCGGAGUGCCCCUAAACACCUUCUUCCAAAACGUUUUCAGCGGCCCUCUCGCAUUCCCAAUGGUGUCGACGGACCCGAACGUGCCAUCUACCCUGAGGUUCGAAGAGGAUUUCAAUAACUUCUUCGGACACACGCUAUCGUCCUUCUUUAACGAAGGAACGAGGAGCCAGCAGCGGCAGCCAGGACAGAGAGAAAGAGGAAGAAACAUAAGCUUCUCAAGACUAUUCAACUCACUGAUAGCAAACCCUAUGGACCAGCAGGCAAUGAAUCAAAUACUCCAGUUCGUAAUGGAAAAUGACCCAAACAGUUACGGAUCACCCCCGGCAGCAAAAAAAGUAGUAGAAGCACUAAAAGUAGUAGAACUAACGACGGAAAAAGCAAAGGAGUACGAAACAUGUACAAUAUGCACUGAGGACUUCAAGGAGGGAGACAAGAUACACCUCCUGACUGACGACAAGGAGAAGUGCGGCCACGCCUUCCACGUGGACUGCAUCAUCCCGUGGCUGAAGCAGCACAACUCCUGCCCGGUCUGCAGAUUCGAGCUCCCGACGGACGACGACAACUACAACAGGCAGAGGGAUUACCUGAUGUCGAGGAUCGUGGAGGAGGUGCGGAGGAACGCAGGCCCGCAGGCAAAUCAGCCAACGAAUAACGAAACAAACACCGGGGCAAAAGGGCUGUUCCGGGAAUCGAACCCGGGGCCUCUCGCACCCAAAGCGAGAAUCAUACCACUAGACCAAACAGCCUAUAAAGAAAACAAGGCUCUUCCAAGCCCAAACGAAGAAUUCAGGAUGCCGUUUGAUGACUCGAGAACCGGAUUCCUCAGAAAUGACCUAAGGAAAGAUGAAAAGGGGAAAAAUAAAAAAAUACAAGUACACAUCCGUCAUUAA